CAUUUUUUUUUUCAUAUUUGAGAUGUACAAUUGUAUAUUUGGAAUAUUGUAAUAUUAUAAUAUUUGCUAAUCGACUAUUAUUAUCUCUAUGAUUUUGACGAAACGCGCGAUACCUGUCAAACGAAACGAAACACCGUAGAGUGACAGUCAAUCCUCGAUCAGCUGUUCAUUGAAAAAUUGACGCUCGCCAUGUAUACAAGAUUCUCCCGUCGACUUUAUCAAAUAUUCAUGUCAGCGGAUUUUUUGCGCAAAAACCCAUCGAUAGAUCUGUGUUAUUAUCAGCGAUUUAUAAGAGUCAUAUCUGAUUGUCCAACAGGCAACCUGAUACGAAGUUUAUACUCGUCGAGUUCGCCUUAUCGAGAAGUGGACACUGAGAUUCACUGUGAAAACAGAAUGGCACUUAACGUCGAUUACAAGCAGCUUUUGGAGGCGCAAAAGGACGAAAAUAUUCUCAUCGUCGAUGUUCGCGAACAUGCGGAAAUAAACGAAACCGGAAAAUUACCCGGAAGCAUUAAUAUACCAAUGGAUGAUGUCAAAAAUGUAUUCCUAAAUCUUUCAAAGGAGGAAUUUGAGGAACGCUAUGGCAAACAUAAACCCGAUAAAGAUACAAAAAUUAUAUUUAGCUGUCGAUCUGGUAGAAGAAGCGGGAUAGUGCAAGAAACAGUGCAAAAAUUAGGAUAUACAAAGGCAUAUAAUUACACUGGAGGUUGGCUGGAUUGGGAAGACAAGCAAAAAAAAAACUAAAAACAGAAAUAUUUAGCAUUAAAAAUGUAUCUUGAAUUCAUUCACUGUUAUUUUUAAAUCACAUUGCAAUGAUUCUAGAAUAUAUUCUACUUUUACAAAUAAAA